AUGAACGUUCGCGACCCUUUCAACCUCCACCGAACCCCCGGCCCAGCGCUGGCCAUCCUCCGAGCGACCCGGACCACCGCCGCGCAGGUGGCCACGCAGGUUGCGACUCAGGUCGCCGAGAAGAGCAAGCAGGUGGUCGAGCAGGCGUCCCAGGCUGUCGAGGAAAUGGCCUUCUCUGUGCCCAAAAAUGUGCCUUCGUUCACGAAUCCGCAGCGACUAGCCGAAGACCAACUCUGGGCGUCGUCCAACGUCAACCGCCGGGGCGGCGGGCACGGCCAGUCCUCGAACGGGGGCAUCCUUGGGGAGGGCCUCGACAGAGUCGGGGGCUUCCUCAACCCCAACCGCAACUCGCUACCGAUGUACAAGGACAAGCCGUACGGGUACCCGGCGAGUCAGCGGGCGAGGCCCGUCUACAGGAGGAAGAGAGUGCUGCUCAUCUUCUUUGCGGUGCUGAUGAGUCUGCUGUACUGGUCCGGCUUCUUCGGCAGAGAUCAAGAGGCAAUCUCUACACAUCUAAAGGGCCUAGGUUGGCUGAAGUCAGAAGGCAAGGGAAGGAGCAAGGCAGACUGGUCGAAGCGGAGGGAACGUGUGGUCGAGGCGUUCGAGUUGAGCUGGGAUGCUUACGAACGAUAUGCCUGGGGCUACGACGAAUUCCAUCCCAUCUCGAAGAAGGGAGACCAGAUGGCAUCCAAGGGUCUGGGAUGGAUCAUUAUCGAUGCCCUGGAUACAAUGAUGCUCAUGAACCUCACAUCUCGACUAACACAUGCGAGGGAGUGGCUGGCUAAGGACUUGACCUAUGAUCAAGAUCAAGAUGUCAACACAUUCGAGACAACUAUCCGUAUGAUGGGCGGCCUGCUUAGUGCGCACUACCUAUCCAACGAGUAUCCCCAUCUCGCACCUAUUAAGGAUGAUGACCCGGGCGCACCUGGCGAGGAUCUAUACCUUGAGAAGGCUAAAGACCUUGCGGAUAGAUUGAUAACAGCUUUCGAUACGCCCUCAGGGGUUCCAUAUGCCAGUGUCAACCUUGGGAAGUUUGAAGGCCUGCCGUCACAUGCUGACGGCGGUGCCUCAUCCACCGCAGAGACCACAACUCUGCAACUCGAGUUCAAGUACCUUGCCAAAUUGACCGGCGAAAAGAUGUUCUGGGAUAAGGCUGAGAAGGUCAUGGAGGUGGUCGACGGCAAUGGUGUAAAAGAUGGUCUGGUUCCUAUUUAUAUCUACGCUACAAACGGCCAUUUCAGGGGCGAGAACAUCCGCCUGGGCAGCCGUGGAGACUCUUACUACGAAUACCUGAUCAAGCAAUAUCUGCAGACAAACAAGCAGGAAUCGGUCUAUCUGGAGAUGUGGGACGAGGCACUGGCGGGUGUACGCAAGCACCUUGUCACUUACACUGAGCCUUCGCAUUUUACAAUUAUUGGCGAACGUCCGGACGGCUUAGAAAAGGCGCUGUCGCCUAAGAUGGACCAUCUUGUAUGCUUCAUGCCUGGAACGAUUGCCCUUGCGGCAACCGAGGGCCUUACUGAACAAGAAGCGAGAAAGCUCCCCACCUGGAGCAAGAAGAAGGACAAGGACAUGAAGCUUGCCCGGGAGCUGAUGCAGACCUGCUGGGGCAUGUACAAGUACAUGGCAACUGGACUUGCUGCAGAGAUCACAUAUUUCCACAUCAGCGACCCCCCGCUGAAGGAGUCGGCGCCACACGAGGCGCCAGCAGACUUUGACCCAAGUCCGGACGCACAAUGGCGCAAGGACUUCAGCGUCAAGGCGUUUGACUCGCACAACCUCCAACGCCCAGAGACGGUGGAGAGCUUGUUCUACAUGUGGCGGAUAACGGGGGAUGUCAAGUAUCGCGAAUGGGGCUGGGAGAUGUUCAAGUCGUUCAUGAACUACACGGCGGUCGAGGAGGGAGGCGGCUUCACGAGUCUGUCGAAUGCCAAUGUGAUUCCACCGGUGACAAAGGACAACAUGGAAAGCUUUUGGCUGGCGGAAACCCUGAAGUACUUCUACCUGCUCUUCUCGCCCAACGACCUCCUCCCGCUGGACAAGGUGGUCAUCAACACCGAGGCGCACCCCUUCCCGCGGUUCGACAUGGGCCAGCUGUUCUCGACGGGCUGGAAGCGGAAGCAGAGGGAUCUGAAUGGCAACAUCGUAGAGCUGGGCCAGUAG